AUGCCUAAACAAGAUUUCGAACCCUUAGACUAUUUUGGAGUAGUUGCCGUUGCUGUAAUUUUCGGAAUCAUCACUUUUAUUCUUUCAUUCUUCAUCAUCAACUUCUUCUGUAUCACUAAGUAUGACGAUAUAACUCACUUCGAAAAGUUUGGCGCCAAGCGCAAUAUCAGGCUUGGACCUCACGAUAUCCGUACAAUUAAAGUCCGCGGUGGUUUAAUCCACGAGAUGGAGGAAAACGAAUAA